AUGGAACAAUCACGCACCUUGAAUGAAGCAUUGAAACUCUUGACUGGAUUAGAUAAUGAUUCAACAAAACGUGCCAACAUUGUUGAAUAUGUGAAAGAAAAUGGAAGAAUUGCCGUGUUCGCUUAUGGAUCUUUGAUUUGGAAUCCUUGUGAACAUGUAGAACAGAUUAUUCCUGACUGUCUAUUGAAUGGUUACAUUAAAGGAUUCAUUUGCCAAGACUUUAUCUAUCGAGGAACAAAAGAUUUUACGGGUCUAACAAUGGGUUUAAAACCAUGUGAAGAUUGUUUCGUUAAAGGUUAUAUGUUGAUGGCUGGUGCCAAUAAAUUGAUUUCAUUCAUUGAAGCUUUUAUCAAGCGUGAAACUCCGAUCAGUGUCGAUGGUACCAAGAUGGAUAUUUAUACAUAUGACUUUCUUCCUGUGAUAAUGUCGGAUGGAAAAACGAUCGAAUGGGCAUUGACUUGUGUUGUUAAUAGUAACAGUCAAUUCUAUCUACCGAUGACUCUUUCCAUCAAACAACAAGCUGAGAUUAUUAGUCAAGCUUAUGGAAUUAAUGGAACCAAUUUUCAGUAUUUGCAUAACACUCUGCACACUUAUCGGCGAUUGUCUUUAAUCGAUACAUUUACUGGAGAAAUAGAAGAACUUUAUGCUGCCGUUCUUAUUUACCGUAAAUAUUUAAACAAACAUGAACGACAAUGGCUUGAAAGUUUUGAAAAAUUGACGACGAAAGAUGAACGAGAACUAGCGAUUAAAUUACGAAAGACAAACAAUAUUCGCAUGAGACAGCAAAAGUUAUUCGCUCGCGCGUAUUCAAUAGAACCCACAGUCUCUGCGAAAUAUAAUCGAAUGGUAUCCGUUUAA